GUCGCCUUGACGUAGGCUGUUUAAACAGGUGACGUCGGAAAUGGUGACACACCAAUAUGCGUGGCGAUUAGCAAAAACAAGGCCGAUAAGCAAUCCUGUAGGUGUGUAACAUCCUUGCUCGAAGGGAGGUGGUUUGUGGUUUGUUUGUUUAAUUUUUGAGGUUAGGAUCAGGAUUAUUGAUACAUCGACUGGACAGUUUUUGACACUUUUUUGCAGUUUUUACGGUGUUUUUGGAUCAUUCCGAGAAUUGAAGAUAUAUAAACGAAAGAUGACACAGAAGAAAUCAAGGCCAACAGCCUUCCCUCUUGGGAAAAUAAACACCAUAAUGGAGAGCUCAUCAAAACGUGGUCAUGUGCCUAGAACAUCCUUAACAAUGGUCGCAAAAGUUACAGAAUUGUUCAUUCAAACACUUACCAAAGAAUGCUACAAUGAAGCAAAAGGGAACAAGUUGGACUACGAGGAUAUAAUGAAAGUUGUUCAUGGUUCUUCGAGAUAUAAAUUUUUGAAAGAUAUUGUACCAAAAAAAAUCACUGUGCUGGAAUAUAAACAAAUUAUGGCUGAGAAAGAAGCUGAAAAAAGGAGGAGGAAUAAUACAGGAAACUCUUCUGAUGAUGAAACUAGUAGGUCCAGUGGAUUUGAUGAAUCUGGUGGGACCAGUGAGGAAGAAGCGGCGCCUGCAAGUCCAGGCAACGAAUAAGUGCCAUAAAUUAGCGUAUAAGAUGCCAUAAAAUGGCGAGUGAGAUCUGAUACAUAACUAAGAAUUACAUACCAAUAUUUUAAGUUUCAAACUUUUUAAGAAAUUGCUCUAUUAGGUAAUCCAAAUUUAACUAGUGCCUUAUAAAAUUUUAAUAAAGAUCAAUUUCUAAACAAAAUUUCAUAAUUUUUAUCCAACUUUCAACACAGAACCGAAGCAAAAUAACUCAAUCACCAAAACCAUUAUAUGCACUGUGUAUACGCACAUACAAGCUUAUCGCAGUUUGUGGUGUAACAGCAUUUACCUUGA